AUGGGGAACUUUGCAGCGUUCGUAGCCGUGGCUACAAGACUGAUAUUUGCUUGCCAUUCCCUUGUUGCCAUAUGGAGAGUUACCCAAAUCCGACCAGAAGGAGACUACUGGUGGCUUCUGGCAAGUUCUCUGGGUCUGCUUCUUUUAGAAACGCUCAUCAUUGUGGCCAAGAAGAAAGGGGAGGAAUGGAAAGGGUACUGCCCUUCUUUUUUAUUCUACCUGAUGAGCGUGGUACCCGCUAUAUGGUUUAUAGAGCUUGACAAAAUUGAGCGUAUUCGGACCAAUACAACUACCACCAAUGAGUCCACGGAAUGGUCCAUGCAGUUUGGAAUAGGGAUUCCAGAUGAAGUGACAUUUUCCCUCAACUUCACCGCCGGAGAGUGGGCGCUGUACAUUGAGCAGUCUCUGUUGGUCGUCUUAAUCCUUGGGCGGUGGCUGCUACCGAAGGGAGAGCUAACACGCGACGAACUUUCGCAUCUCCUACUGGUAUACCUUGGUCUUGCGUCUGACAUCAUUGACUUUUUUGGCAUAAUUGGAUUUUUCAUCGACAAAAAUAAGCUGCCAGACAUGGAGUUUAUUCUGAGCAUAUUGGCUGCCUGGUCUUGGAGCCUUCUCCAGUUCACGUUUGUUCUGACCGGCAGACGUAAACGAAUGCCCAAAAUGGCGACAGUGACGCCAGCGACAUCUCUCAGUCACUGCAGCAGCAGCAAAACGGGACUGCCCAAUGAAAACAGACAAAUGGAUACGUUCAUCGAGUCACUAGAUGGCGAUGGCAUCUCCAAUAUAUCAACAGGGACCGUUUCCAAGGAGGACGUCAGGACUGAGAUUUCUGGGAGCCCAUCUGCGGGGUCGUCUUCCAGGAAUGGAACCGACGAUAUUACAGACGACAAUGGCGGCGGCAAUGAAGUGGUUUGCCUCUACAGAUGUUGCGAGUCCGAGAUCACCGGCAUCCUGGUGAUAGUCUUCAUGCAAGAUCUUCCGUUUUUCGUGAUUCGUGUUGUGGCUAUUGCUUACUACGGACUCUCCAGCUACACCAUGCUGUUUUUUGUUUGCAAAAACGCCAUUGUGUUGUGCCUGCAGGUUUAUCGCCUGAUUGCCUUAAGAACGGAAAACGCUGCAGAUUGA